AUGUUGGGAGAUCAGCAUGUUGAUAGCUCUACUCAAGAGAGAGGGGAUGAAGAUCACGGUGACGUAGCUGAUGCAAAGCCAGACAGAAGUAGCAGAUUCUCACUUUUUGGAAAAAAAAAGAAGAAUGGAGAAGAAGAACAGCCAAAGUCCUCUCUCAGUAAUCAGUAUCGAAUUGUUACACCUACAUUCCAGUAUAAUAUGGACUACAAGAAAGUUGGCAAAUGUAUUAUUAUAAACAACAAAAAUUUUGAAGACAAAACAGGAAUGGGUACACGCAAUGGCACUGAUAAAGAUGCUGGAGAUCUAGCUAAGAGUUUUAGAAACUUAGGUUUUGAGGUUUACACAUACAAUGACCGAAGCCGUGAUGAUAUGGAAAAAUUACUGAAGCAAGCUGCUGAAGAGAAUCACAGUGAUGCCGCUUGUUUUGCCUGCAUCCUUCUAAGCCAUGGGGAAGAAGGCCUCAUCUAUGGCACCGAUGGACCCAUGGCUAUCAAGAGUUUGACGGCGCUAUUCAGAGGAGACAAGUGUAAAAGCCUUAUAGGCAAACCCAAAUUAUUUUUCAUUCAGGCAUGCAGAGGCUCUGAAUUUGAUGAAGGUAUACAAACUGACUCUGGACCUGCAAAUGACACUCUGGAAACAGAUGCCAAUCCAAGAUACAAAAUCCCAGUAGAAGCAGAUUUUCUGUUUGCAUAUUCCACAGUGCCAGGUUAUUACUCUUGGAGGAAUCCUGGAAGAGGCUCCUGGUUUGUGCAGUCUCUGUGCUCUGUGCUAAAUGAGCAUGGAAAACAACUUGAGAUCAUGCAGAUACUCACACGGGUCAACUACGUGGUUGCCACAAAUUUUGAAUCACAGUCUGAUGAUCCACGUUUCAGUGAGAAGAAGCAGAUUCCCUGCGUGGUCUCUAUGCUCACUAAGGAACUUUACUUCUGAAAGUGUAGUUUGAUGCAGCCAGUGAUGAAAGGUCAGGAUAUGGUUUUGGGUGGAGAUUUUAUUAUAAACUGGAGUAACACAUUUUUAAUAACAGAGAUGUAAUUACACUAGAUUUUUAUAU